AUGCAGGACAUAGAAAAGUCCAAUUCAACGGCCAAGGAUGUUGACGGGGAUCACGAGAGCGUUGCCGUAGGCGUCGAUAUUGACGAUGCCAUUCUCCGAGCGAAUGGUCAUAAGCCCGAGUUGAAGCGUCAAUUCAGCUGGAUUUCUGCCCUCGGCCUCGGCUUCUCUAUCACCAACUCCUGGGCUGGAUACCUAAGCUGUUUUGGCCAGUCUCUGGCGUACGGAGGCCCUCAAGUCAUCCUUCUCGGCCUUGUCGUUGCCUUUGUUGUUCAAUUCACUAUCACAUUGGGUUUGAGUGAGAUCGCUUCCGCAUUUCCGUCGACCGGCGGCCAAUACCACUUUUGCUGGAUUCUAAGCCCAGAGAAAUCGAGGCGCUUUGCUGCGUACAUUAUUGGGUGGAUGUCAAUCCUUGCUUGGUGGAUUGUCACUUGUUCUGGAAUCUCGCUUGCUGCUUCUACCCUUUACGGCAUGAUUCAUUUCGUUAAACCGGAAUUUUUGGCUACAAACUGGGUAGUAUAUCUCUUUUAUGUUGCGGUCUCUGUUAUAACAGUGGUACCCGUCUUCGUGACAUCGAAACGGCUUGGGUGGCUUGUCCAGACUUCGCUGGUCCUCUCGGUCAUCGGGAUGGUCCUGGUUCUUUUUGUCCCUGUAGGUAUGCAUCAACACGUGAACAAAAGCUCAUAUCUUGUUCAAUCUGGCAUGGGGACAAGUGGUUGGGGCUCCGGCACAGCUUGGAUUCUGGGCAUUUCAAACUGCAUGUAUGCUUUCGGAGGCACUGAUGGAGCAAUUCACAUCAGCGAGGAGAUGACACAGCCUGGCCGCAGAGUGCCCCAAGUCAUCAUAAUGACAUUGAUAAUCGGGUUGGGUACCUCCCUUCCGCUUUUCAUUGCCCUCAUGUACUUUAUGACCGACGCCGACGCUGUUAUGAAUUCGCCAUUACCUAGCAUGGAGCUGGUUUUCCAGGCGACCGGGAACCGCAAAGCUACAAUAUGUCUAACUUCUUUGCUUUUAGUGGUCUAUAUCCUUGCUCUGCCUUCUCAGUGGGUUACAAGUGGACGUAUAGCGUGGGCUUUUGCUCGUGAUAACGGUGUUCCUUUCUCGAAGUAUUUCUCCAAGAUAGAUCAGAGACUCGAGUUUCCUGUCCGGACCACCGGUGUCGCAUUUAUUUUCGUCUUGCUCUAUGGCUUGCUCUAUCUUGCCUCAACUACCGCCUUCAACUCGAUCAUCAAUUCUGCCGUUCUUUUCUUGAAUAUCACCUACGCGGUGCCUCAGGGAAUUCUCCUUUUUCAAGGUCGAAAGCAACAUUUGCCGCCACGAUAUCUUGAUCUUGGGAUCUUCGGCUACCUGUGCAAUGGCUUCUCUGUCCUUUGGAUUGUGGUGCUGGGCGUCGCAGUGUGCAUGCCCCCCUCGCUUCCUGUCAGUACAGCGACGAUGAACUAUAUUAGCGUCAUUGUUGUCGGGUUGUUUCUCAUCAUUAUGCUUCUCUGGCUCGUGGAUGGCAACGUAAACUUUGAAGGCCCGCAUAUCGACUGGGAUCUCAUAAAAGAAGCUAACACUCAUACGCUCAAGGACCCUCCCCCAAGAUCAUCUUCCAAAGUCUGA